AUGCACAUCAACUUCUGCAAGGAGGCGAACUGUGGCAGGUGCAAGUACAUUCGAUUAGGCGACUCAUGGCGAACAAAAACUCCAUUGUUACAGCCUCAGUGGAAAUUGGAUGUGAGUUGCCUGGAGGUCAGCAUGAAGAAACUGGUUGACCAGUCCUGGCUGGAGGAGUGCUUCGACGACGACGGACGUUGGCAAGGAUUGGGGUGCAUUGCAUGCUCUGCGGCCCGGCCUAAGUUGAGCAAGGGCUCUCCAGCCAACGCGCGCAGCUUCGCUGAUUUCAAUGUUUCGAGUGCCAAUGCUUGCCAGAUGUCCAACCUGAUGAGGCACCACGCCAUGGACACCCACAAAGAUGCAGUCAUGUCGUUCCUCGGCAUGCCCGCAAAGUAUGAUGAGUUCAGAGGUUCGCCACGUCUCGAAGAGUUCAAGGCCGUGUUCGACGCUAUCUCCACGGGGACCGCGCCUUCUGCCGGCAUUGACGGCGUUGGAGAUAAGAACAAAAUCGUCAAGAUGACCUUCUGCCUUGCGGAGGCGCUCACAAGGCAGGACAGGGCCUUUAUGCGCGACGCUCUUAUGUCUUCGCACCGUCGUGACGAAUCCGGAGGGCGCCUUGCGAUCAGAUGCUCGGCAACUACAUCAUCCUUAGCGUGUAGAGUGUUCCACCAGAGCACCCAGCGGCACUUCGGAACAGGGGCUACGAAUAUCACCAUGGCUACAGAAAAAGCGUGGCGGGAAUUCGCCACGGUCAACUACGGUUGCCCACGUCCGAAACAGAGCAUUGGCAUUUUGCAGUAUGACGAGGAUUUCUUCAACCACCUCCGCACGAUCCACAGGCAGCUUGUCAUCGACAGCGCCUCUGACGAGAGGACCUUCAAAGUCGACCAGAAGAUGGCCGAUGCCCUCGAAAAGUACAUCAUGGGCAAAAGAGGCAUCAUCCACCUUAUCGGGUGCAGUGACGUGUUCGGCGACUGGUUCGAAGACUUUGUCAAGGUGAUGUCCCCUGACGAAGCCCUUGGUGGAUUGGUCCGGAACCUGGGGAUGGCUAAACAUCGUUUCAGUUCCAUCACCAAACGGCUUGGCAGGUUCGUGGGAAAGAUUGGCGCUGUUUUCCUGACGGCUCAAAAGAUCCGUACUGCGCGAGCUGGUCGGGCAGAGGCUGACGUCGCUGAGCAGUUUUUGGCUGGAUUCAGGGAGGAUGAGUACUUACUUUUAUCAAUGAUGAGCGACGCUGCAGACGAAGCGUAUUGCUUCACAACGUUCACAGAUGCCGAAGAUAUGGACGUCGCUAUUCAAGCCGACGAAGUCGCCAAUUUCGUCGAGAACAUCGAGUACCUUUUUCUGGAGAAGAAUGCUCAUAAGCUGACCUACACCUACACGUCGUUCGCCAUCAGCCAGCUGGCCAAGACGGUUAACGUGAAUGCUGGCAAGGCGAAGAGGUAUUGA